ACUUUUAAGUCUCGUUUUAAAGCGAAUCGCUACUUUUACAGGUCUUUGUCGCGGGCUAUGACGUCUCAAAUCAUGCGACGUCGUCAUGGUAAUGGGGGAACGUGCAUGCUCGACAUCUUCCCGCCCCGUACACCUGCGCGAGGAGGACGAAUAACAUCCUUCUUCACAUAAUGUCGACAGAAGUCAAUAAGUAUUGAUAAGAGUGUUUUGAGAGAAUGUUUAAACAUGUUAGGUUGAGGUUAAGGUUUUACUUUCGUCGACCUUUUAAUAAGUCUCGGUCCACCAAGACAUGAGGUCAAAGAAAUGCAAUGGCGGCAUAAUCACCUACCACAUUCCUUUUCAUAUAGGACUCGUGACAUCCGAGGCGCAAGAGCCAAAGUGCGUGAGGUCAGAGGUGAGAUUGAGUGCGCCAGUGAAGAAGAGGAACACUUGUGGGUCUGGAAAACAAGGGAAAAGGGUCGACCCCUCAGGGUCGGUAGAAGGUUCAAGGCCAAGGAGAGGCCAUCUGUCCUCCUACGCCUCCACCAGGCGACUACAGGCGAAAAUGGAAGCUGAAAGCAAAGAGAUUAAAGAGUUAAUGCAACCUUUACUGGACACAGGAGAGGAGUUGGAGAGCCUCCUCAACAGACAUGAAGAAGCUAAGGUGCUGAGGAGGGAACGCAUGCGCAAGUGUUGGAAAGAAGACGUAUGGGCACCCAUCCAGAAGAAAAUGGACCAGCACAUGUUCACGUGCAACCCGCUGGAAACCAACAUGCGGCAGAACUUAUACGACCAGUAUAUUCAUCACGGGAACAACAAGGGCUUUGUGUUUCUCAAUACAUGCGACCUAAAGGAGUAUAACCCGUAUCUCCUACAUACCGAAAAGCCACACAGGUGCAAGCUCAAUGCAGCCAAGCUGAAGGAGACAGAAUUACACGAAAGGUCCAAGCUGAAGAGGACGACUCGCUGUGAAGCAGGAUGUCAGUACAGGUGGAUGUCUCAGAGCGAGCCCCAGCCUCCCGAGGCCGACGUGCAAUCAUCGGAUGCCCCUAAAAGCAUCCCUGCCGACAGAUUGAACGUACCGUUCCACAUACGUGAGACCGCCAUGUCGGAUGGAAGGUGCCAUCAUCACAGCUGCUGGUUCUCCACACAACAUUAAAGUCCUUUUAAUGUUGUGAGGGCCCCAAACAAAGACAAAUGUUUAGCAGUAUGGACAGUAUAUACAAUUUAUUCUCACCAGUGAUUGGCAAUUCUAUUCACAUUUCAAUGUUAGCAGUAGAAAGAAUGUAAAGGCACGUCUAUGUGAGUCUUUUUGACAAUAUUGCCUGAAGUGUGUCUUAUUUGGGCGGCUCAUAGAGCUGCAGGUCCAGCCUGACCCAGACUUCUCCAGUGGGGACUUCGUGCAGCAGCAGACGCCGACUGGCGGCCCCUUUGCUCUCCAUUUCCUUCUUGAUGGUCGCCACGGGAACCUCAGUGCGGCCCAGGAAGUCUAAAAAGUCAGAAUGUUUUGAAUUAGUUACACAUUCACAGGUAUAAAUUCAAAAAUAUGUUCAUGAUCGUCCUUCAUUUUUGACCGAAUACUCCCACUGACCGUCCGGUGAGAACUGGUCCUUCUCAAACACGGUGACGCACAGCACGUCCUGGUAGAGGUCUUUGAUGAAGAACUGGCAGUUGAAGUUCCACUUGGGGUUGAGGGUGUUGCUGGCGGGUCUGGAGGUGUAGCACUGAGCCCCCAUGGUCAGCUCGCAGUAAGGGUUGCUCUUACCUGCAAGGGAUAAAAAGGAUGGUGUGACUGUGAAUGUCAAGGUUGUCUCUCUGAGGAAUUAGCGUACCGUUGGGCUUGCAGGCUUUGAGCUCCUGAGCCUCAGAGACAGUCACCAGCAGCCUGCCGAUGCCGCUGGUCUUCAGAGAGCGAGCUUGAAAAGGACAACAUGGACGCAUUAGGGAGAGAGAGAGGUGACCGCCCUCGCAGAAACAUCUCACAACUCACCUUGAUACGCCUUCUCCCUUUUCUUCUUCUCCGUCUCGAUGAAAUGCUCCGAUGCUGCUUUGAUUUUCUGCACCCACGUCGCCCUGACGGACAACACACAACACAACAAUAGGAAGAGGUGUACCUAAUAAAGUGUCAACUGUGCCUAAUCAUAUGAGCCUAAUCCCACCUUUCAUUCAAGGUCUCGGUCCUGAGCGAGUAUACGCGGUCGAUGUGUGAGACGUGGAAGAGUGGCUCAUCGCUGGAAGGGUCAGCCGGCAUUUUCACCAAAACCUCAUUGAGGAAGAGCGGCUGCUUGGGACAAAAUAAAAAAAAACGGGGAUUGGGGGUUGCCGAUUGAUGCAAAAACCACACAGCACUAUUGCGGCGGCGUCAGCCUUGCUUACCGUCUUGUACAUCUUCAGCUGGAUGCUGCUCUUCGGGCUGAAGAGCUUGUCUGGACCGGAGGAGGAGAAGGUCUUGGCGGCGUGCGUGAGGAGGAGGAAGUCGUUGAAGAGGAAGGCCCACAGUUCUCUGCUGCUCUUGGACUUGUGCAGACGCCCGCUGUGGAGGAGCUUGCGUGGGCCCAGGCAGUUUGUCAGCGAGUUAAACACCAAGUGCUGCAACACAGCAUACGUAACGUCAACACUGGUGGGUUGCAUUCGUCACCUUUUCUUUUUAUAGUCAAUACAGAGCUCCACCCAUUGAAAGUGAAAGGAGCCUGUUAGAUGACUGAGGAAUGACACCGGAAAAAGA